UAAUUUUUCUUGUCUAUCAGCAAGAUCAGGAUAUAAGAGCCAUUGGACGCUUUCCCGGCUCCCCGUCUGUCGCGUUCGCCAUGGCUGCCGCUGUUGUUGCCCCCAACCUCGCCGUCCCUCCGUACAACAAGCCGAACGGCCUCGCGCAAUCUGUUCUUGAUGCGCAGAAGUCUGUCAACGGCACUAAUGCACUGAAACCUGCCCUGCCAACCCUGGAUCGACUCGGCGCAUCGCUGCAGCCGGACGUCGACGUCAAAAAGGUCGCAUCUGAAUGGUUCAGAAUUUUCAGUGACUACAUCUCAGCAGGUGACGUCGACGGCAUCGCUAGUCUCUUUCUUGAGGAUGGUUGGUGGCGCGACAUGCUCGCGCUCACUUGGGAGUUCCGCACUUUCCACGGCAUUGAAAAGAUCAAGAAGUUCUUGCAAGAUCAACUGCCGGUCAUCAAGGUAGCUUCGUUGAAGCUGCGAGAAGCAGACACAUUGCUGCAGCAGCCAUACCCCGACCUUGCAUGGAUCCGGGCGUCUUUCGACUUUGAGACAGAGGUCGGUAUUGGAAGCGGUGUUUUUCGCCUAGUCCCAACGGCGGACGGAACGUGGAAGGCGUUCACACUGUAUACGAACCUCGAAGACCUGAAGGGCUUCCCCGAGAAGAUCGGCCUCAACCGCGAGUUCCUGCCCAACCAUGGCAAGUGGCUGGACCAGCGAGAGCGGGAGACGUCAUUCGCAGAUGGCGACCCGCAAGUUCUGAUCAUAGGUGGAGGGCAGAGUGGUCUUGACAUUGCGGCGAGAUUGAAGAACCUGGGCGUUUCUUCUCUGGUCGUCGAGAGGCAAGCGCGGAUUGGUGACCAAUGGAGGUUGCGAUACGAAGCGCUUUGCCUCCAUGAUCCUGUCUGGUACGACCACAUGCCCUACUUGCCGUUCCCGCCUUCAUGGCCGGUCUACACACCGGCCCAGAAACUCGCAGGGUGGCUCGAAUACUAUGCAGAGGCGAUGGAGCUGAACGUGUGGACCUCCACCGAAGCGACGAGCGUCAAGAGGACGGAUAACGGCAAAUGGGAGGUGACCGUACGCAAGGCAGACGGUACCGAGCGUAGAUUCCACAUCGAUCAUGUCGUCAUGGCACUCGGUCUUGGUGGCGGCGUGCCACUGAUACCAAACAUCCCCGGCCAGGAAGAGUUCCAAGGGCAAAUUCUACACUCUACACAACAUAAGUCGGCCAGGGACCACCUUGGCAAGAAGGUCGUGCUCAUCGGUUCGGCUACCUCAGCUCACGACGUUGCGGCUGACUACGUCGAUCACGGUGUUGAUGUGACGAUCUUCCAGCGAGGCGCUACAUACGUGAUGACCACGAAAGAGGGCAUGCCCCGCAUUUUCGGCAAAACAUAUUGGGAGGGCACAGGCCCCGUCGAACCAAUCGACCGCAUUCACAGUUCCCUGCCAAUCCUCCUGUCCAAGGAGCUCCAGAAGCGCGUCACUGCCGAGAUAGCAGAGGCCGACAAGGAGCUCCUGGAAGGCCUCAAGAAGGUCGGUUUCAGGACUUACCUCGGUGAAGAGGGCUCGGGCUUCCUCCCUCUGGCGUCCACGCGUGGAGGCGGCUACUACCUGGACGUCGGCGCUUGUCAGAAGAUCAUCGAUGGACAAAUUAAGCUGAAGAAUGACGCGCAGAUCGAGCGCUUCACCAAGACCGGUCUGAAGUUCACGAAUGGAACCGAGCUGGAUGCGGACGUUGUUAUGUAUGCGACAGGGUUUGACGGCGCGACAAAGGCAAUUGAUCGACUAGUCGGGAAGGAGCUCGGCUCGAAGGUGCAUCCUAUCUGGAAUCUGACCGAGGAGGGCGAGCAGCGCGGCGCAUGGCGAUAUAUCGGCCUGCCUAACUUCUGGUUCAUGACUGGUAAUCUCGCGAUGUGUCGCUUCCAUUCGAAGCAUCUCGCUCUCCAGAUCAAGGCCAUACAAGAAGGCCUCUACGGUGAACGCUAUGCGCCCUGAACUGGAGUUGAUUCAUCGUUUCUUUGGGCGGUCUUGCGCAUGGGAAUUCUCAAUGAGCUUAGAGACUGAAAACGAAGUAGUAGAUAGUAGACAAACGUAUCAUUGGCUCCGGAUUAACGAUGUGACACGGCUCGACUUUGAUCACCAGUCAAAGCUUUUGUUCAUACCGCAUCCUUCCUUCCUUGGUCCAUUCACUUCGAUUCAUGGCCUAAGGUUCUUGUUCGC